AUGUUUACAGCACAAAAUACUCUGAACCACUCGUGUGGAUUCGACUAUCAAAUACACACCAAUGCCGAGUAUGCCGACACCGUGUCUUUCCAGAACCCACUCAGCUCUCCGCCAUUGGAUAUACCACCAGCAUAUUAUCCAGCGAUAUUGGACUAUGAUCCAGCGAUCUUUACUUAUCUGGCUAAAAAAGAAACAGAAACUAUGAUGGUUACUUCAAGUCAAAAUUAUGAAAAUGCCUACUGUUCUGGUGUGAAUCCUUUGGAACAACUGCCAUUGCUAGCCGUAAAUCUGCAACAGCCCCAAGUCUCCGAGGUCCCUCCAAAUUCAUCUGCGUACAUGUCCCCACUAUACACACCUCUAUUCUCACAAUCCUCUUUGAUUCAGCCCAAUGAUCCAACUCAGAUUAAUAUGUUUAUGCCUUUGGAUUUGCUACAGCAAAAACACAGUCCUCCUGUGUCGAUCUGCGAAAAUACACCCACAUGGUGCCCGCAGUUAAACAUGACCCAGGACUCCGCAGUAACAGCUCAAUCUGAUCCGGUUCUCGUACGACGAAAAAGAGGAAGACCACCAAAAACUAGGCUGGAGACAAAUUCCAAGAGACACAAGUGUUACUUCUGCCCUUACAAGACAGAUCGCAUCAAUAACUUUAUCAGACAUAUUCAAUCCCACACUCAAUGUGGAGAAAACUGGAAGUGUGCCCAAUGUCCAAAAUCGUACUGUAGCAAAUCCAACCUUGUCAGACACGUUGAAAAAAUUCACAAGUAG